AUGGUAGAGCUCGGACGCCUAAGCCUUACCAGCUACGGCGAGCUCAUCCUUUCCGUUGGCUGCGUUGCAGCAGGGUUUGGUGCCGUUUGUGUCAUCCUCUUCUGUGUAUCGGCCGGUAUACACGAGACCGCCCUCCACCGCCACCGUGCUGCAGGCGGCCGCUGCGAUGCCCAGAGCAGUGCUGUCGCCCCGGCUUAUCAACCAGGCGGCUAUCCUGUCCCGAACCAGGCUAUGGCUACAAACCUCCAGUGGAACCAACCAGGACAAUUCGCCACAACCAUGCAGAUGGCCCCCUUAGCGUAUCAGCAGAUGCCCGCCAACAUGUACGUCCAGCAACAGCAGAUGCCUGCGAGCAUGCCGAUGGAACAACAGGCGAGGCAAUGGCCGCAGCGGCCCCAGGAGGUGCACUCGCCUAUAGCCGGUACGCCCGCUCCACCAAGGAGCCCGCCGCCGCCGCCCCUCGCGCACGCGGUGCCCGAUUAUCAGCAAGGUCCGCCGCAGGACGCACUACAGGAGUAA